AUGGUUCUCGUAGGCUAUUCUGACUCAGAAGGAUCAGACUCUGAACCUCAACCGACACGCGCGCCGAAAGCAAAUCAGAAACCACCUGCAGCGCAAACGAACUUCGCAGUUGACAAAGGCAACCCAAAGAAGAUCCGUGUCAACCUCACAGAGACCCUUCCCACUACGAAAGAUGCUGGCGAUGGCGAGCCACCUGCGAAGAGACCACGAACUGGCGCCGGCACAUUCUCUGGCUUCAACGCGAUGCUACCAGCUCCUAAACGGGAUGAUAUGACCUCGAAGUCAGCCACUAGCAACAAGGCGCCAGCACGGAAAGUAUUCAGCCUGAAGACAGGUGCUGAGCCAGCUUUCAGCAGAGACUCCGACGCUGAGUUGAGGGAUCUGUUCGCUGGUGAAGAUGCGCCGAAAGAUACAGAUCUGGAAGCCAUACCAACGAGCAUACCCAAGCCUACGUUCUCCUCCGAAGAUACCAAACCGACAGUCACGGCAGGGAAGCCAUUCAUGUUCAAGCCACUCUCGGUAGCACGCAACGCAAAGAAGAAGAAGCCAGUAAGCCAACUGACGGGCACCAACGGGAAUCCUGCAUCACAAACAAGAGCUGAGCUACCGUCACAAUCGCUACCAGCACCAUCAUCAAGACCAGAUACCGCGACCAUUGAACCGCCAAACCCACCAAAGAAAAUCAGCCUCUUCUCCUCAGGUCCAUCAGAACUCCCAACACAGCUCGAGACGAACGACGUCCUUGUCGAAGACGAAGAUGGGGACGAAAUAGUAGAACUUCUCGACGAUGACGACCCUACCUCAACUUUCUCCUCAGAUCCAACCCCUCACAACUCUAUCAGUACAAAUCAGCCAGAAUCACUAGCAAAUAUAGCAGACAACCUAAAUCUCACCGCCGCCGAACGUCGCCAGCUUCUCGGCAGACAAGGUGGCAACGCCAGCAAGAUCAUUAAUUUCAAUACAGACAUCGAGUACGCUGCUAAUCAAGCUCACAUUGCGGCUGGCGAGCAGAUACAACACAAUCCGGUUAGAGCUAUUGCGCCUGGCAAGCAUAGUUUGAAGCAGUUGGUUAGUAGCGCUCAGGGUCAGAAGGAGGCUCUGGAAGAGAGUUUUGCGAGUGGACGGAGGAAUAAGAGGGAGGCUGGAAGUAAAUAUGGUUGGUGA